UUUAUUUCCUUUGCUUCUUUUCAAUUGGAUUUGUUUUCAAAUCUCAGGUUUCCUUUUGUUGGGGCUAGCUGUAUUUGCUUUUAGCAAUGGUGGGACUUUCUGUAGGUGAAAGACAUUUCAUUCAAGGUGGAAUAGCUCAAGACCUUCGCUCUGAUGGCCGGAAAAGGUUAACUUAUAGACCCAUCUAUGUUGAAACUGGAAUCAUUCCACAGGCAAAUGGUUCAGCAAGAGUGCGGCUUGGUGCAACUGAUGUUAUUGCCAGUGUGAAGGCUGAACUUGGAAGGCCUAGUGCAAUGCAACCUGACAAAGGAAAGAUCACUAUAAAUGUUGAUUGCAGCUCAACUGCAGCACCAAUGUUUGAGGGAAGAGGAGGUGAGGGGCUGUCCAUGGAACUCUCAAUUGCUCUUCAACGUUGUCUUCUAGGUGGCAAAAGUGGUGCAGGGGCUGGAAUCAAUCUCUCAUCUCUAGUAGUUGUGGAAGGAAAAGUUUGCUGGGAUCUUUAUAUUGAUGGCCUUGUUGUCAGUUCAGAUGGGAAUUUGCUAGAUGCCCUCAGUGCUGCCAUUAAGGUAUUGGACCCAAAAGUUAUUUACAUGUUUAAAACAUGAGAGUGUGACUACUUUAUAAUGUUAUUUAGGGUGGGGGAAUUUGAUUCUAGGAACCUGGGCCUCAGCACCCUCUGGACUCCCUCAUUGGAAAAUGCUGCUUUGAGCAAUACAGACAUCCCAAAAGUUAAUGUAGCAGCUGAGGUGUCAGGUGAUGAACAACCUGAAGUUGACAUAAGUGAUCAAGAGUUUCUGCGGUUUGACACGUCUGGGGUCCCUGUAAUUAUUACCUUAACAAAGGUUGGGAGGCACUAUAUUGUAGAUGCUACUGCAGACGAGGAAUCCCAAAUGAGCUCUGCUGUCUCCAUUUCAGUUAACCGACAAAGUCAUAUUUGUGGACUAACUAAACGAGGAGGUGCCGGCCUAGAUCCAAGCAUCAUUCUAGACAUGAUAUCGGUGGCAAAACAUGUGAGCGAGCAGUUGAUAAACAAAUUGGAUUCUGAGAUUGCUGCAGCUGAAGCUGAGGAAGAAGAAGAAUCUUGACAUAUCGUGAGAACACUAUCCAUAUGUGGAUUGUUUGUGGCUUCUUUUCAAUAGGAUCUAUGAUGUGUUGUACACUAUUUUUGUUUGUUACAACCAUAGGCAUGAUAAGCAGUCUAGUUAAUGAGAUGAUAUACAGAUUUUAUUCUACAAUUUUUCUUUUCAAUUGAGUCUUCUUCUUCUUCUUGUAGUAGCUUUGGGAAUUUGAAAGUGAAACGUAGGUUGGUGUUUGGAUAAGGAUUUUAAGGAAUUUUGUAGGAAGUAUGAAGGAAUUUCAAUUUCU